AGCAGAGAGCUAGUUGUGAUCAGUGCGGUUUUCGGAACCAAACAAUUAUUCAACUCAAAAAUAAAUUUUUUUUUUCAGUAAAUAUAAUCAUUCUAAAAAUUGUUCAAUAGACACUAAAAAUCAAAGAAUGUGGCAAAUAUUAUGUAUUGUACUCGUAUCACUUUUAGACAUGUCCGUUCAACGUGUGCCGGUUAUGUUGCCAUUAUCUGCUGAAGGUAAGCCUGGUGAAAUGAGUCAACAAUCGUUUUCCGAUUACUUGAGCUGGUGGCAGAAUCUUAUUGGCAUUGGAACUCCUACUGAAGACGUUACACCUGAAGUACCAGUGACUCCUAUUGAUCAGAGCACUUGUCCAGCAUGCACUUGUGGAGCUAUUGGUAAAAAGAAUCGAAUAGUCGGUGGAGUACCAACAUACAAACAUCAAUAUCCUUGGAUGGUUAUGUUAACAUACAAAGGCAAAUUCUACUGUGGAGGAACUUUGAUAAAUCAUAAAUACGUUUUAACUGCUGCCCACUGCGUUCACGGAUUUGAUGGAAAGAAUAUUGGUGCCAGAAUUUUAGAACAUGAUCGUAGUAUUACUGAUGAAGCUCAACACAUCGAUUUUAAAGUGAAAAAGGUAAUAAAACACAAAGGUUACAGUCCAUCCUCUUAUAAUAACGACAUCGCCCUACUUCGUCUUGAUACCGAAGGCAUUGAAUUAGGUCAAACAACUGGAAUCAAUCCAGUGUGUCUUCCUGUUGAAGGAAAAAGCUUUGCUGGUUACGAAGGUAUAAUUUCAGGAUGGGGUGCAAAAAAGCAAGGUGGGUCAUCUUCACAAAUCCUCCAUGAAGUGUACGUACCAAUUAUGAGCAAUGAAGACUGUAGAAAAACAGACUACGACGCAAAAAGAAUAACAAAUAACAUGAUGUGUGCCGGAUACCCGGAAGGAGCAAAAGACUCAUGUCAGGGUGACAGUGGUGGCCCAAUGCAUAUCGCUAACAAUUCAGCAUUACAUGUUGUUGGUGUUGUUUCAUGGGGAGAAGGAUGUGCUCUAGCGAAAAAACCCGGUGUUUAUUCCAGAGUAAACAGAUACUUAAAUUGGAUACACAACAACACACUUGACGCAUGUCCUUGUACAAAUAUUUAUGUACCAUCAGCAGAAUAACACCAUUCAAAAUGAAAGCAAUCAAGAUCUCAAACAAUUUUUAUUUAAUUAUGUAUUUUUUGUACAGCACUCAUUAGAAAAUUGUUAUUUAAUCAUUUUAAUU